AAUGAGGAUUUGCCACCUGACUGCAGAACUGGGAGCAGAUGGGAAUCAGUGAUCUGCUCCCCUCCUCCACUGGGAAUGCCACAGAAAAACUGGCUCUGGAGCAUGACUUGAACAUACUGACAAGAAAAGGUAAUUUUCUAAUGGACCAAUGAAAGCCAACGAUGACAAGUUGUGGUCAACAGUCCCUGAAUGUGCUGAUGGUUCUGCUCUCCUUACUCUUGUCAGCAGUGUUGUCUGCACAUUUUCGGGUCUGCGAGCCCUACACGGACUACAAAGGUCGCUACCACUUUGGGUUCCACUGCCCCCGGCUCUCUGACAAUAAAUCCUACAUCUUCUGCUGUCACCAUAACAACACAGUGUUUAAAUACUGCUGCAAUGAGACAGAAUUCCAAACUGUCAUGCAGAUGAACUUAACGGGGAGUGCAGAUGGAUACAUGCACAACAACUACAGCGCCCUGCUGGGAGUGUGGAUCUAUGGCUUUUUUGUGGUGAUCCUGCUCAUCCUGGACCUUUUGUAUUACUCCUCCCUGAACUAUGACAUUUGCAAGCUGUACCUGGCACGCUGGGGGAUCCAGGGCAAGUGGAUGAGCCAGGGACAGAGCCGAUGGAUCAGCCCCGCUCAGGACCCCAGCCAGGCUCAGGCACAGCCCCCGCCACAGACUCAGCCCCAGCCAGCACAGACAGUUCACACUCUAAAAGGAGAUGCUUUAAGCCCACCCCUGAUGUCUUUUCAGAGUUCAUCUGCCUGAAAAUCAUAUUGAUGUGCCUCAAGAUGGGAGAGGUAGGACCAGACUUCAAGGAGCAGCUUUCAAGAAAAAUCAACUGAAUUACAAGAGGAGGGAAAAAUUAGGGAUAAGCAGGAGAGAGAAAGACUACAAGAGGAAGAUGGAGCAAGUCACCUGAAGACAAACAUCAUUCAGACAAUUUCUGUAAGGAAAUGAUAUGGAAAGAGUCUCCAGGAGAGAGUAGUCUGUAAGCAAUAUUUUAGUUCUAGACCAACAAUAUUAUCUCGGAAAGAAAGCACCAUAUUUGAGAAAAUGCUGAAUAGGAAGAAAAUUAAGUUGCUCUGGCAAAUCCACACAAAGGUGGAAAAAGAUCACAAGACAAACCUGUGGUAGAUAACUUUUUUUUGCCUCCCCAUCCAUCUAUUGCCAUUUGAGCCUAAUCUAAGUGUCAGAAUACUGAAUGUGAGUUUUUCCAAAGUUCUCUGGUGAGCAUUUUGUCACAAUGGGGUAGAUGCUGGCAAUCCUCAUCACUGUUAACCAUAUCUACCAUAUGCAUUGCAAGGUAAGCAAAGCCCUUUCAGUGAGUGCAACUGCAGGGUAGCAGUUGCUUCAACCUUAAUGCACAUUUUAAGAUCAUUGGCAGUGAUUCUGCUAAGACAUCAAGCAGCUGAGCACAUCUCAAGUUCAGGUUCACACACCCUCUUCAAGAGGGGAGCUUUAUUAGGAAGCAACACAGGCACCCAAUUCCACCCUCACACUCCUUGGAGAUGAAAAAGAAACAAAACAAAACAAAAAAAUUGGCCAGCUGUGUAUUUCAAAAGCAAUAAUACCAUUUUCUCUUUGCUUUACAAGACAAUAGUCCAACUCUCUCAGUCACUGACUGGCUUCAGAGUUUACACCUCACAAAUCUAAGAAUUCAUUUGUGAGCCAGAAGGACAGUGAUGCUACCACAGAAGUACUUGGUCACCAGGUUGCAAUAGGGUGACAACUUUCCACAGGACAGACUUAUUUUAAAAUCCCCCAGUAUCAAUUACGUGGGCAAACCCUGUGAAGUUCAAUUAUUUAAGCUGUAUAUGUGGAGAACCUGGCAGUGGCAACCAAACAGAGGAGUUCAUCUGGAAGUCAUAACACAAAGCCCUGAUAAUGCCAAAUUAAUCCUUCAGGCCUAAUAUUUUGCCCUGUAAAUCUGAAUAACUUUGAAGUGACCAUACAUUCUGCUGUACAGCCAACACAGGGGACACGUGGUCAAUGCAUAAUAAUCAAGUUUUCCUUUUGGACCUCUUUGGCUGAGUGAAUUUUAUUCUCCUGUUGAACUUAAAAAGGGACACUAUUCUGAGUGAUCUGAACUAAUUCAUGGCUACUGGAGUGCAGGAUGGUACCUGACUAAAACCAGGCAGGAAUAAGUUGUGUUGGAGGACCCAACAAGGCUGGAGAUCACCAGAGUGCCCAGCCUUCAAAAUCUGAGCAGGAUACCAGCAUGCACAAGCCCCUUUUCUUAACAAACCAAGUCCUAAACUUGCCUGGUGUCACUGAGCAAGGACAGGCCACAGCUAAGAGAAAGAAUUCAAAUGCCACAGGGGGGAGUGCCACCCUGGGGGCAUCAGACUCCAUCCUGUCCUAGCUGAGCUUGAUGCCUGGCCCAUUCUCACUCAUCACAGAAGCUCCUGAGUGAACAACUCAGCUUGUAGAGCCCCAGAGGGGCUGCCCCAGUGCAGCUGGGCUGUUUGGCACUGUGAGUGACACAGCACUUCAAAUAAAACAGGGCCGGUAUUUUUUUAGACCUUGAUUCACACUAAACCGCAGAGAUUCUUCUAGUUUUUCAAAAAGAAUAUGUCCAUCAGGGCACUGCAAACCCUUCCAAAAAGAAUAUGUCCAUCAGGGCACUGCAAACCCUUCCAAAAAGAAUAUGUCAUCAGGGCACUGCAAACCCUUCCAAAAAGAAUAUGUCAUCAGGGCACUGCAGAACCAUCCAAAGCACUUCGGCUGGGAGCAAAAAGGACCCUCAGCAAAGACAUGCUGUAAGUACCUUGCAGAUCCUGGCAGACAGUCCAGAAUGCUCUCUCCUUGAGGAUGAGGGAUUCUGCAGGGCAAGGGUCUGUGCUCCCGGGGGUGGG